GAGAUUUCCAGAAACACCAAGACCAUGAUCCCCUUCCCACCUCUCUUCACAGAAUGACCUCUCCAGAAAUGUCCAUGCUUCUGCUUAAAUAUCACCAAUUCCGUUCUCUUAUGCAUCACCCAUCAUAUCCUUGUUACAGCUUUCAAAAGAGUUCGUCAAAGGUUCCUUCUUUAUACCAAAUAUGUACCAAGCUCUUUCAAAUUUGAGCUUCUCUCUCCCUUUAUCAUCAAAAAGCACCUUUACUAGAUCAGGAAACCUUCAUUUAUUGAAAACAAAGGAUGUAGGCUUCAAUUUCACUCCCAAGAAGAACAGUGUCAUCAAGGCCAUGGCAGCAUCAGAGAGCAGAGACAAUCUUGAUCACCUGCAGAGAGUCAAUGGCAAGCAGCAUCAACAACAGGCUCAACCCAAGAAAAGAGUGGCUCGUGUUGCACCAGUAGGGUUGUGGGACAGGUUUCCGACAGCAAGAACAGUUCAGCAGAUGAUGGAAACAAUGGAAAGAAUGAUGGAUGACCCAUUUACAUACUCUAGCAGCUGGCCAACUCCAGCUGCACCAAUUGAAGGAAGUGGAUAUGGAAGAGGAAGGACGCCAUGGGAGAUAAAAGAAGGAGAAAAUGAAUACAAAAUGAGGUUUGACAUGCCUGGAAUGACCAAAGAAGAUGUUAAGGUGUGGGUUGAGGAGAAGAUGUUGGUUGUGAAAGCAGAGAAACUGCCAAAGCAGAAAGUGAACGAAGAACGAAAUGGAGAAGAUCAAAAAGCAAAAGCAGAAGCAGAAGAAGAAGAAGAAGAAGAGUGGUCUGCUAAGAGCUAUGGAAGGUACAGUAGUAGAAUUGCGUUGCCUGAGAAUAUUCAAUUUGAGAAGAUAAAAGCUGAGGUUAAAGAUGGUGUCUUGUAUAUUACCAUACCUAAAGCUAGUAGCUUUGCCAAGAUUCUUGAUAUCAAUGUUCAAUGAUCAAUUGUAGAAACUCCCUUUUUUCCUUUUCCUUUUUGAAUUUUGGGUUCCAAGUUUUCUUUAUGUCUCUGUUGGUUAGUGCAAGUGUUUUUGGGUGUAAAAGAGAAAUUAGUUCUUCAGUAUGAGCCUAUAAAUAAAUUGUAAAUCUGUUCUUUUGUAUUGGUAUUCUAAUGUAAUCCUAGGCAAUUAUUAUA